UUUCUACUGAUCAAAAAGAUCUAAAAUCCGCCAUUGAAGAAGUUUUACUCAUCAAAAAGAUCUAAAAUCGGCCAUUGAAGAAAUUUCUACUCAUCUAAAACAAUCCAAUCCACCAUUGAACAUGAGCACUCCAACUAAUGAGGUUUCUAGGGAGAAAGAAGAAGUCUCUACUGAUCUAAAAUCCGCCAUUGAAGAAGUUUCUCAGGAGAAAGGAGAAGUUUCCACUGAUCAGUAGAAACUUCUUCAAUGGCAGAUUUUAGAUCAGUAGAGACUUCUUCAACUGAAGAGGUUUCUAGGGAGAAAGGAGAAGUCUCCACUGAUCUAAAAUCCACUGUUGAAGAAGUUUCUAGCGAGAAAGGAGAAGUCUCCACUGAUCUAAAAACCACCGUUGAAGAAGUUUCUAGUGAGAAAGGAGAAGUCUCCACUGAUCUAAAAUCCACUGUUGAAGAAGUUUCUAGCGAGAAAGGAGAAGUCUCCACUGAUCCAAAAUCCACUGUUGAAGAAGUUUCUAGUGAGAAAGGAGAAGUCUCCACUGAUCUAAAAUCCACUGUUGAAGAAGUUUCUAGCGAGAAAGGAGAAGUCUCCACUGAUCCAAAAUCCACUGUUGAAGAAGUUUCUAGUGAGAAAGGAGAAGUCUCCACUGAUCUAACAUCCACUAUUGAAAAAGUUUCUACACAUCUAAAAGAAUCCAAUCCACCAUUGAAGAUGAGCACUCCAACUGAAAAGGUUUCUAGGGAGAAAGGAGAAGUCUCCACUGAUCUAAAAUUCAAUCCACCAUUGAAGAUGAGCACUCCAAUUGAAGAGGUUUCUAGGGAGAAAGGACAAGUCUCCACUGAUCUAAAAUCCACCAUUGAAGAAGUUUCUGCUCAACUAGAAGAAUUCAACUACGAGGAUUGGAUUUCAAAGUUGACUAACCUGACGGUAUUGGUCUACAAUUUUGCCGACCAGCAUUUCCCGUCAAGUAAACAACAGAAAAUCUCUGACAUCGAGCAUCAAAUUCGUUUGUGCAUCAAAGUCCUCGAAUCAGUUCCUCAAGAGAAGAGGGAAUCAAAUCGUGAACGUACAGUAUUCGAGUAUCUAAAAGGAAGGUUUUAUAAUGCGAUUCCUGAUGUUUAUAAGGAGGAAGCAGAGCGUCAUCUACAGAAAUCUAUUGAAAUAAAUCCGCAUCUGCGGAAUGCUUGGAAUUGCCUCGCCAGUUACUUUACCAAGAAAGGGGAUUUCGAUAGAGCUGAAAAAUACUAUCAGAUUGCCCUUAAAAUGGGUAAAGAAAAUACCAUAAUUUUACGUGAACUUGCAGCCCUUGAACUGAAGCUUUCACGAGGUGAAUUUUCUGAAAAUCCAGCCAGCACAUUGAAGAAAGCAUCAAAUAUGCCCAAAGGACGCUCGUUCUGGAUGACAAGGAUGGAAAUUGUAUAUAUACCUUAGGAUAGGAUGUGCAUAUUUCAAUUACUUUCUUCUGAGUGGAGGACGGGAUCACAAUAAUCUUCAACUGGCAUUAGAGGCAUACAAAAAAGCUAAAAUCUAUGUUGCAGUGAAGUCAAACCCACAUCUUGAAUACGACUGUAGCAUGCUGUUAAGACAUGAUGAAUGAGAUUGUGAAGGAUGCAUUUGAAUUAGGUGAUCCUGCUUUUCAGUUUAAGCGUAAUGAGAAGAAUAAGGGGAAGAGUAAGAGAAAGAGUAAGGGAAAGAGUAAAGGAAAGAGUACGGAAACAAGCUUGCCUGACCUGAUCCAAUCACUUGCUAAUAUUGAUGGGAAGGCUUUACAUUCUUCUUAGAUAUUGAACUGUAAACAAUGAGGUAUAUGAUUUAGCUAUUUAUCUAUUAGUUGAGGUAAUAGAGUGCUUUCUGGCAGUGAAUCCUCCAUACAACAGAGCAACAAUGGAUCUCUUAACUGAAGGCCCUAACAAAUGGAUGGCAGUUAUAGCAGCAGUACGGUGCUUAGUUAAAUAUGAGUAUAAAGCUCCAGUAUACUAUAUGCUCUGUGUCUCUGAUGAGAAUAGUUUUGUACUUACAGUGUUCGGCAUACAGAAGGAAGCAAUGAAACAAGGAGAUCAGGUCACACUAUUGGAUCCCAUUUGCAAAUUUGUUGAUUUUGAAUGGGAAGGAAAGCACUAUCAAUUCAAGUCUGUGCGAGUUAAUCUUCUCGAGCAAGUCCUUGUAAAUGGAAAUGCCCUGUCUCCUAAUUUUGCCAUGCAUGAAUCACUACAAUAGGCAUAACUGAGGACAAAAUACUCGUCUAUUACGUGCUGGUGUGGGAACUUGAAAUGAGAAAAACUCUACUGCCUGUGUAUUUUUUUUUUCCAAUCUGACAAUGCCAUUUCCUCUGAUGAUAUAUUUUUUUGACAUUUGACAGAGAUGACUAGUAUGUAGUAAAACUUGUGUUCACUUUGUAGUUCUUUGGUCAAAUCCAAUUCAGUUUGUGGUACUGUCCUGCUA